AUGCGUUCUUGGACGUUCCGGAGGCAGGUGGGAUCCACUUCCGGCAGCGGGCUGUGGGGCAUGGCUGCCCUUCUCCGAGCUGUGCCUCGGUGGCAGGGCCCGGCCACCUGGGGGAGGCCACUCCAUGGGCUGUGGUGCUGCAAUGAGCUGCGUCCCAGGAGGUGUGUGGGAAGCAGGCCGCCCACCUCGAAGGAGCCUCCAGCAGGCACAGAGACUGAGAAGUUCCAUAUGGUGUACCGGUUUGACGCCAUCAGGGCCUUUGGGUACCUGUCUCGGCUGAAGGUGGCGCAGACGGCUAUGACGGUGGUGGCCCUGCCGCCGGGCUUCUACUGGUACUCCCAGGGUCUCAUGAGCCUGGACUCCCUGUGCCUCGUGGGCGGGAUAGCUGGCUUCGCCCUGGCCAUGCUGUGCUGGAUGAGCCAUUUCUUCCGGAAGCUGGUGGGCAUCCUAUACGUGAAUGAGGCGGGCACCCUGCUGCGGGUGGCCCACCUUACCUUCUGGGGCUGGCGGCAGGAUACCUACUGCCCUGUGGCCGAUGUGAUCCCCUUCACGGAAACCAGGGACCGGCCCCAGGAGGUGUUCAUCCGUAUCCAGCAGUACAGCGGGAAACAGACCUUCUAUCUCACUCUGCGCUACGGACGAAUCCUGGACAGAGAACGUUUCACGCAGCUGUUUGGGACACUGGACACGCCCAAGUGA